AAACUUUCACAAUUUCGACCGAUUUUCAACGCUAAUUUUGAAAAACGCGCGCGACGGCGAUCAAAAGACGUGCGCGCGCCGGGCCGUUUUCGGGUGCGUUCGGGACAUCGAUGGGUGACCUGUUGCGAUAGAUAACCGCGAAAUACCGCGUAACCGCGUUACCACUUCCCUCCAUUUACGCCAACGAGGGACGCAUGCCUCAAAUUUUCCGGUUUUCGAAGUGCCACUAAGUAAUAUUUUUGUGAUUUUCAUUACCGUUGUGAAAAUUUUGUGCUGACAGGAGUCACUGAAGUGAUUUGAGUUUCUUGUUUUGAUCUUCCCUCGCACAUUCUUCGUUGUAUUCGUUCGUAGGAUCCCGGUAGGCUUCGCCAAGAACAGUGUAAGUUGACUAAUUCAUUCAGUGAAGUUACUAGUGCUAAAUUUCCACUUUGCACCAAAUAAUGGAGAGUGAAUGAAACGCCUUCCACUAACAUGUCAUCAUCAAAUAAGUUGUGGGCUGUUGUUAAAAAACUCAAAGUAGAUGGUGAAGAAGGGGAGUAUGAUGCUGUUCCAGUUUCUUGGAUACAGCAACCAGGUGUUCUGAGGUAUCCUCUUCAAAGAAAGGGCACAAUCAUUCGUAUGGCGACAAAUGGAGAUCGCAUAGAUAGCGACGAUGAGUUUGAGGUUUUGGAUAUUGAAAUGUGUAAAGCCACCUAUGAAAACUUUGAUGAUGCAUACGAGGCCUGUAUCAGGAAGGCCCAUGGUCGAAGAUCAAAGUCUUCCUCAGAAAAUGAGGAAAAAGGGAGAGGAAAAAGGAAACGAAUUUUGAAGAAAUUCUCUGACGAUGAUGAUGAUGAUGCUUCUGCUGGAGAUGAAUUUUCAGCCGAUGAAUCGCUGCCAACGAAAGCUGAAGCUAAAGCAAUGGCUGCCAAGGCAUUUGUUCAAACAGUCAUGGAAAAAACCAGAAAUCUGCCUCCUCCAAAGCCUCCAGCAUUGGGACUCAACUCAAGCCAAGGUGAACGUGCAAAAAAUAUGGGCGGUCUUGUCCCAAGUAAACCGAAGUGUACCCAGCAUAAGAAUGUCCCCAAAACGGGCCAAUCUAAGCCUUUACUUCCAAACAAAUGCUCUGUUCUAGAUGAAAUUCAGCGUGCCGCACUUAUAAAACACCCAGUUCAGCCGUUAAGAGAUGAUCGUGAUGAAAGUCCUCACUUUGACUCUUCUUUUAUGGCAUUUAAUGCAGAUGGUCCUUCCGAUUUGAGUACGCCAAGGAACAAAGACCAUCAUGAAGAGAGCACUGCACCUGAUCUAGGCCCUGUCUCACAAAAUAUAGUUCCAAGUUCAAGCAAGAAUUCAAGCAAGAAAAGCAAACCCAGUACGGUGGUAGACAUUCGUUGUAAAACGGGGAAAAAAAUUAAGCAUUUCUGUCCGCUACGACUCAAAUGCUCAGAAUGAGAGGCAGUUUUCCAUGCCCUUUGCUCUAUCUCUGGUGAUCUAAACUAUCUGGUACAGGAGAUGAAAAGGGGAAAAAAAGGUUCGGAGCAAAGUCCAUUUGAACCAGUCCCAGCAGAGUGGGGAGAUCUUGAUUUUCCGGAUGGUUUCAAGGAUAACUUGCCGUUUCAGAGUUUGGAAGCAUUCCUAGAGUUUGACGCAAAACUUAAGGAUACUGAGUACUUUCUCUUGCUUAAGAAAACGUUUGCUUGGCAGUUUCGUCAUGAUGCCUACGUCACCAAAACGGCCAGAAAUUUGGUUAAAGAAUUGAUUGGCAAGGAUGCUAUCCCAGCGCAGUUCUCACUCAAAGGAGGACAUGGCAAUAAGAAGAAUGCCCCAACGAAGCUAAACUUUGAAACGUUGGCUACAUAUAAACUUGUGUUGAGUGUUGUGCGUACAGUUUGGAGAAGCCGAUGUGCUGACUUUGAAGAACAGGUCGAAAAAACACUAAAACAGUUUUUAGUUGACUGCAACCCAAUCCCUGCAAAAAAGAACUGAACUGAAUGAGAUUGGCAUUCUCUUAUAAUUGUCAAAAGUGAAACUAAUUUUAUUUUCUUAUUUAAGGUAACAGCAUCAGUACCCGGAAUGGUACCAGUAUCCGGAACGUCGCUCAGUUUUUCGUAAAAAAUAUUUUAUUUAUUUAUUUUAUUUUGCAACUUAUAGGAGGCCAACAAAUUUAGCGCUGUCCCACUUACCCCUAACUCGUAUAGCGAGGCACGCAGUAACUCAUGGUUCACUAUGUCGAAGGCUUUGCUCAAGUCAACGAAGACACAGAGCGUUAAUUUUCCUCUUUUGAGAUUGCUGUAAAUGUAACGGAGAAUGCUGUUUACAGCUAGCGGUAGGUACAUCAGUGCAAAAAGGGCAUCAGGUUUUCACAAAUUACACUCAGAGGGCGCCACCUUGCAAUAAGUGUGAUGGUCGUGCGCUCCUUCUAUUAUCUGUACCAUGCUUCUAUA